UCAGUGGGCCGGGCCGGGCCGGGAGGGGCCGGUGGACGCAGAGCAGCCGCCGCCAUGGAGGACUUCCAGGCCGCUGAUGAGGGUGCGUUCAAUGCGGAUGAAACCAACAAUAUUGUCAAAGAGUGCAUCGACAAUGUUAUUGGAGGGGUUGAUUAUAAUCACAGCAAGAUCAAUCAGUGGAUUGCAGCUGUAGUUGAACAAUCCCUGAUGCAUUUGGUUAAAAUGGGAAAGCCAUAUAAAUACAUUGUGACCUGCGCAGUAAUGCAGAAAAGUGGAGCUGGCCUCCAUACAGCAAGUUCAUGCUACUGGGACAGCAGUACUGAUGGAAGCUGCACAGUGAGGUGGGAAAGCAGGACCAUGUAUUGUGUCGUCAGUGUGUUUGCUGUCAGCAUUAUGCUGUGACGUAUGAGAAAUCAUAGAACUUCAUUGAGAACUUUUGCAAGACUGGGAUAAAGAAAAAUAGUUCUUGAAGAAAAGUCAACUGGAACACUAAUGUUAUUUCACUCCCUCAGAGGCUGUCUAACAGCUGAAUGAGUUUUUAUUUUGGCCAUCUGUCAUCAGUGGUUCCGUAUAAGAAACUGAGGGUUAAUUCUAGAUUAUGUGGUGGAAAUUGUCAAUUUGUCAAAAUGCAGUCACAUGCAAGAAUAAAAAAGAAAGUUUGCCUAAAGGUCCUUUAGUAAUUUAUUGUGUAGCCCUACAAAAUAUGUAAAAUUAUUUAAAAGAUUUAAUUUCUUUGCUGAUUUAGUCAAAAACUUUCAUCUUGAUCCAUAAAUAUUGACUGACUGAUCAUGGAAUUAAUAAAAUUGUAUAUUUGCUUGUACUAUUUGAUUCCCUAACUCCUUACUUCAUUUAUUGUAUUUAUUGAAUUAAUCUUAUUUGUCCAUCAAAUUUUAAAACCCUUGUUCUGGUUCUCUAGAAACCUAGCAGUCAUUGGCUCUUCUAGGUUUACAAUCUGAAUAAAGGUGUUGUGAAAUGCAGUGAUAAAGUUUCUGAGGGUCUAAAAGCAUAAAGCUAAGACUAUGUUGUAAUUAAGUGCUACCUUUGCUGCAAAAAUAGUAAAAUCUAGAAAGUUGUUAUAUACUAUUUUGUGAAGAUAUUGGAUUACCUUUAUAAUAAAUUGUCAUUGGUUUAUUUUCAUCCUGUACAUAGUUGUCUGCCAAAGCCAUAAACUGCUUUGCAAUGUGGAUUGAUGUACUUUCAUUGAACUUUGUAUAGAUGAUAACUGAACAUUAUUCAUCAUGCAACCACAGGAAUUGGCAUAUUUCAGCUCAUUGGUUAUACCAUAGUCUAGCAUGUGCUUUUACUUGAAUCGAUUUACAAAAUUUGCAGCAGUAACUAUAGAAAGGAACAUCAGAGCUGCUUUUAGUUUUUGUUAUAUGGUCAAGUUAAAGUACCACUGAUGAUAUUAAAGAACCUGGAUUGCUCAAUAAAAAAACAUGAAGACA